AUGUCCCCCGCACCCACAUCCACCGACAUCCUGUCGGCCAAUCUCAAGCAACAAGUGGGACACGUCUUGUUUGUCAUCCUGCCGCUGUCCCUCAUUGUGGGGAUCGUGACAGCCGACCAGUACAACCUCGAUUUUGUCCGCUUGGUCCAACUCGGUUUCGCCGCGCAACUCGACCGUCACGCUCUGCCCUCCGACGACGCCCUCAGGGUCAACCCACUGCGAUGGACGUUCUUGCAAUCGGCGUAUUGGCUCCCCAUGGUGCUCUUCACCGGUGCCAUGCUGGUGCUUCUGUUCGUCUUGCUCGUCGCAAAGUUGCGCCCGGCACGUUUGGUAGACGGGCUGGUUGCUAUCUUGGUGCUCAUAGCGGGCAUGGUCGCACUCAUGACGUUGCUCAAUGCGUUUGUUGGCACCUCGGUCGUGGGAGUUCUUUUCACCAAGAUGGCGGCCGGCUUUGCCAUCUGUAGCACCUUGGGACUCGUAGCUCAAGCGGUCGAGCUCUUUCCCUCGGCGCCGGGACGAGGCUCACUGUCCGGGUCGACGCCAGCAUCACAUCAAGACACACUCGGAUUUUCCUCUGUCACAUUUGCAGCCAUCUAUGGAUUGGGUACCGCGUUUGGCUCCAGUGCGUCCUUGUCAGGCUACCAGAUCGCAAGCCUUUUGCAAAGACACGGCGUAUCCUUUUCUGGGGUGCCGAAUAGCGGAAGGCAAGGCUUCCUAAGCCUUUUUGUCGUUGAGGGCUGCUUCUUCUUUGCGCUCUGUCCGGCGAUCGGUGUCUUGCUCAUCCUAGCGCGUCGAUUUGGCCGUCGACCGUCCGCAAUAGAUAGCGAUGCCAGCACGAAAAGCAACAUUCCAGCAGCUGGGAGCGCGACGAUGCAGACGGACGCCAAAGACGUCGAGCGAGCGCAAAUCAGCCCUGUCGAGGCACUCACCGCAAGCUCAGACGUGCCCUCAACAUCCCCCGCUUCGACAUCCGUCGAGGACAAGCGCGAUCCGGGCUCGAGCGAAAAGACAACGUUGGCAGGUUUGCGCCGCUUGUCGUCGUACUACCCUUCUCUGUUGGCUAGCAUCAACAUCUUCAGGCGUAACGCGAACGGCGAGGAUGCCAACAACCCUUCUGCUGUAGUCGCUAACCUUCGCAGCCUGCAGCAGAUGCACACUGGAUUCGGACUCUGGGUAUCGAGCGUGCUGCGCCGCAUCAUGGUGUUCCUCUUUGGCGGGCUCGGCGUCGACGAUGCGGCCUUCGACUUGAUCAGUGCCGGCACCUCGUCACGCGAGACUUUCAUCGCUGGUGUUUUGAUCGUCAGCAACACGUCGGUCAUUCAGGCAGCCGUGAUUUGGCUGGUGGUCAAGACCCAGAGCCACGCGUCGAAGCUAGAAUCCGCUUCAGGGUCAGCGAUCAAGCUUGUGCCCGUGGUGCCAGGCUUGCCGACACUGGCGGGUGGUGUCAGUGGCGCUGUCUCUGCCAUUGCCUGGAGCAUCCUGGCGACCAAGAGACCGGCUGUUCGCAAGGGCUGGAGAAAACGACUGGCUGGACGGAUGGAAACGCCCUGGUGGGUGCCGGCGUUGCUCACGACGUGUCUCGGCGUGUCGAUCGUGGGUCUGGUUUUGGCGGUGUUGGGUAAUAGCAUGGUUCCCGAUGGUAGCUGCGGAAGCUGGAUCCUGUACGUGGCUACCAUUGUGACGUUUGCCGGUACCGUCCCGCAGCUGCCGCUCGCGUUGUUGCAGAUCUACACGGUGCUUGACGUCGAGCUCGGUCGCAGUCAUCCCACGGAUGGCACGCCAGCCAUGUCGAAGGAAGAACAGGUGCAAACUGCGCCGUAUCGAGCAGCGAACAUCCUGGGCAGCAACUCGGAGCCAUCGGUGCACGCACUGCGUUGGGAACGCGUAGGCGUCAUGAUCUCGACACUGACCACAACGGUCUCAUCGACACUGCUCACGGCGUGGAUCUUUAUGCUCUCGGAUACUUGUCAGACGGUGUUCUUGUUCGUCAGCGUGGUGCUCGCGGUGGGUGGGAGCGUGUGGUUGAUGCUCAGGCACACGCUGCCGUGGCGGAGGCAGGGGAAGGUUGAGCAGCAGGCAGCGUCGGCUCUCGCACAGCCGUGA